AAUCUGCAUUUUGACAGCAUUGUCAGCUGACUGUCUUGUGACUCGCGAUCGGCCGUGCAGACGUGAAGUUCCCGAGCAGAAGCAGAUUUCAACCAGAAGGAGCGGAAUUUGAGGAGUCGCGAUGUCGCGGGGCUUGGCGAAAAUUCAGAAUGAGGAGCGAGAGGGCAAAUUCGGAUACGUCUUUGCCGUAUCUGGACCUGUGGUCACUGCCGAGCGUAUGUCUGGUUCGGCCAUGUACGAGUUGGUGCGUGUCGGCUACUCCGAGCUGGUGGGUGAGAUCAUUCGUCUUGAAGGAGACAUGGCCACCAUCCAGGUGUACGAAGAAACGUCCGGCGUAACCGUGGGCGACCCUGUGCUGCGUACGGGCAAACCUCUUUCGGUCGAACUUGGCCCCGGCAUCAUGGGCUCCAUUUUCGACGGUAUCCAGCGACCUCUGAAGGACAUUAAUGAGCUCUCGAAUUCCAUCUACAUCCCAAAGGGCGUCAACAUUCCUGCCCUCAACACAGUGGCCCAGUGGGACUUCAACCCCGUCAACAUUAAGAUUGGAAGUCACAUUACAGGUGGCGAUAUUUACGGCAUGGUGCAUGAGAACACCCUUGUAAAGCACAAACUCAUCCUGCCUCCCAGAGACAAGGGCACAGUGACCUACAUUGCCGAGCCUGGAAACUACACAGUCAAGGACGUUGUUUUGGAGACCGAGUUUGAUGGCGAGAAGACCAAGUACACAAUGUUGCAAGUGUGGCCUGUGCGUCAGCCGAGACCUGUGACGGAAAAGUUGCCCGCAAACCACCCUCUGCUCACUGGACAGCGAGUGCUCGAUUCACUCUUCCCCUGUGUCCAAGGCGGAACCACUGCCAUUCCCGGGGCUUUCGGUUGUGGAAAAACUGUCAUCUCACAGUCGUUGUCCAAGUACUCAAACUCUGACGUCAUUGUUUAUGUUGGCUGCGGAGAGCGUGGUAAUGAGAUGUCUGAGGUAUUGCGAGACUUCCCAGAAUUGACCUGCGAAAUUGAUGGUGUCACCGAGUCUAUCAUGAAGCGUACUGCCCUUGUGGCCAACACUUCUAACAUGCCUGUCGCUGCCCGUGAAGCUUCCAUCUAUACUGGCAUUACUCUGUCUGAGUACUUCCGUGACAUGGGUUACAAUGUUUCGAUGAUGGCUGACUCGACUUCCCGUUGGGCCGAAGCUCUUCGUGAAAUCUCAGGUCGUCUUGCUGAGAUGCCUGCCGAUUCUGGCUACCCUGCCUACCUGGGUGCUCGUUUGGCCUCCUUCUACGAGCGUGCAGGUCGUGUCAAGUGUCUUGGCAACCCUGAGCGUGAGGGCUCCGUCAGUAUUGUCGGCGCUGUGUCUCCACCCGGUGGUGACUUCUCCGACCCCGUCACUUCUGCCACUCUUGGUAUUGUGCAGGUCUUCUGGGGCUUGGACAAGAAACUUGCCCAGCGCAAACACUUCCCCUCCAUCAACUGGCUCAUUUCUUACAGUAAAUACAUGAGGGCCCUGGACGACUACUAUGACAAGAACUUCCCUGAGUUCGUGGCAUUGAGGACUAAGGUGAAGGAAAUCCUGCAGGAGGAAGAGGACUUGUCGGAAAUCGUGCAGCUCGUAGGCAAAGCCUCCCUUGCCGAGACUGACAAAAUCACCUUAGAAGUGGCCAAGCUUCUCAAGGACGAUUUCCUUCAACAGAACAGCUACUCGCCAUACGAUCGUUUCUGCCCCUUCUACAAGACAGUCGGCAUGCUGAGAAACAUGAUGGGCUUCUUCGACAUGUCCAGACACGCAGUCGAGUCGACAGCACAGAGCGAGAACAAAAUCACCUGGGCAACUAUCAAGGACAGCAUGGGCCCCAUCCUUUAUCAGCUUUCCUCAAUGAAGUUCAAGGACCCUGUUAAGGAGGGUGAGGCAAAGAUCAAGGCUGACUUUGACCAGCUAUACGAAGACAUCCAACAGGCCUUCCGCAACCUGGAAGACUAAACAUUGCUCUAGCAAGUCUACCAGUGUGCGGACGAGUUGGUCGCGCCGCCAACAAGCAUCACCCUUUUAGUACCCUAGCCACCAGUGUAAAUAGUUUUCUUUUUGCCCAGUUAUUGGCGCCUCCAACUCGCCUAUCAGCGGAUUUUGCAUUCCAGUUUAGCACAAGUCUAGGUGUAAAAAUUUAUCCAAAUCAUGCCCCCGACCGCUCCCAACUAUCACUGAGGGCGGCCACUCAUUGAAUAUAUCAUGCUGCUGAUGUUUUUCUCCUCGAUUCCAAGUCUGUUGAUAUUUUUGGUGUAACAACACAGUAUUAGUUGUUUUUCAGCAAUAUUUGCUCGACCACAGAGUUGAUGAUAAUAAUAAUACUGACUUAACAAUAACAAACAAAACGCCGUCAAGGGUUCUAAAUUGAACGAUGUACUAUUUAAAAAAAAAAAAUUAUAAAACGAUUAUGAAGUAGAUUGCUAGUGUAAAUGGGCCGUUUCGUCGUGUAUAUGAUGUACAUUAAUUAACUACUAAUAUCACUUGUUAUAUUAUGAUAUAUACCAUGUUGUCCGUUCUGAAAAAUUGAUGAUUUUAUUUUUUGUUGAACCAUUUAUUUUGUCGAACAAAGAAACGUUCAAAAGUAUUUUUUGGUGCGAAAUGAUAUUACCUGAAAACGAAGAUGUCACUUUGCUAGUUAUUUGAAAUCAAUUGUGUUGUGAUGGCUACAUUCCCGUCGUUUCUGUAGAAUCAAAACUUAAUGAAUAAAUAAAAAUGCAACAUGUAAUGUUAAAUCUGGAAA